GGUAGAAACGUCUUCGAAGCCUUGUAACGGAGUCGGUGAAACGGUUCGCGUUGCACGAAACCGAUCGGUUAAUUGCCCCCGUAACGAAGCCGGCGAAUCCAUCCUCAUCCAUUUUCCUGGUUAAAUUGGUACGGCGAUAACGAGUGUUGAAGCUGCUGGAUGAGUUCUUCGUCGAAUCGUACCGUUUGUCAAACUGCGAAGUAACGAGUGGCGAAUUUUAAUUGCGCCGAGUCCGUUCGACGAAAGGUACAAUAACGACAAGAGAACGACUCGUAGUCAAAGUUGGGAACAGUGAUCGAGGGAUCGUGAGUUCGGAAAGUGAUAAGGGGUCUACUCGAUUGGUGCUUGUAGUCGUCGAUCGAAUGAACCGAGUUGUUUGUUUGUUUUUAUUUUUUUUUCUCUCUCUUUGAGUGAUUACAGAUCGCGAAGGAGUGAAGAUACGAUAGCGAAGCGAGACGAUGGGAAUCAACCGUAACGGGGCAAAGUAGCGGAGGGUGAGAAAAGCGGCAACGAUAACGGCUUCAAGGAACGAGUGCGGUAACAUGUCGUCGUCGACGAGAUUCAAGGGGGAGAAGUGCUGGAUAGUAUGGCUCAUGGUAACGUCUUUGUACCUGAGGUCCACCCUUGGUCAGAUAGUCCAGAACUGCCCGUCUAGGAGCGAGAUAGCACCGUGUUCCUGCAUCGUUAAGAAGCAGGGACUCGACGUCGUUUGCGAGUUUACCGACUUCACUCACAUCAACAAGGCGAUGUCGGUACUAAAGGGCAGGCCCAACACCAUCAUUUACUACCUCAAACUGCGACACAACAAUAUGCCGAAGCUUCAGGGCUUCGUCUUCCUCGGUCUUGACAUCCAUCAUCUCACCGUUCACAACAGCAGUCUAGCCGUCGUCGAGGAGACAUCUCUGAGCUCGAUAGGAAAAGGACUCACCCAGCUGGACUUGUCGCAGAACUCUUUGCUCGUGGUGCCGUCGGCGGCGUUGAAAACCCUGCAUCACCUUCUGAUACUGAACCUGAACUACAACAAGAUAAGCGCUAUCCAUGCACGAGCUUUCGAGGGCCUUGACACCUUGGAAAUCCUCACCCUGUACGAAAACAAGAUAUCAGUCAUCGAAGCCGACGCGUUCAAGGGUGUCGACAAUCGGAAAUUGAAGCGGUUGAAUUUAGGCGGAAACGAACUGAACUCUGUGCCAACCUCGGCUUUGUCCUCUUUGGAAAUGCUGAAGAAGCUGGAGAUGCAGGAGAACAGGAUAAGCACCAUCCAGAAGGGCGACUUUGCCGGUUUGAAGAGCCUCGACUCACUGGGACUCGCUCAUAACAAACUGCAAGUAGUGCCAGCCGGCGUCUUUUCGCAUUUGACGCAAUUAAACUCUCUCGAACUGGAUGGAAACAAAAUCACCCACAUAGAUCCGGACGCGUUCAUCGGCCUCGAGGAACAUCUCCAGUAUCUUCGACUGGCGGACAACAAGCUUCACAUGGUACCAAGCGACGCGUUAAGAAGGCUUCACCGUUUGCGUCACCUGGAUUUACGGGUCAACAACAUCACCGUAUUACCGGAGGACGCGUUCGCCGGUUACGGGGACUCGAUCACCUUCCUGAAUCUUCAAAAAAAUUUAAUCAAGACUCUGCCGCCGAUGAUAUUCGAGAAUUUUAAUUCGUUGGAAACGCUUAACUUGCAAAACAACAAAAUGACCCACGUGCCGGAAGAGGUGAUGGAAACCGUCAUCGACACACUGCAGGUCAUCGAUUUGACCGACAAUCCGCUGAUCUGCGACUGCGAGCUUCAGUGGUACUCAAACUGGUUGAAAAAUCUUCGCGACAAGGACGACGAGGUGAUGACGAAGAAGAGGACCGUAUGCACGAUGAGUAACGAGCACAGAGAAUACGCGGUGCAGAAUCUACCAUUGGAUCGAAUGGGAUGCCAGCCGAUAGCCGAGGAAAAAUCGUCAUCCGGUAACCUGGCGGUAAAACUUGUCGGUCUUCAGUUCUUCAUCACCGUGAGCUUCGUCGUUCUGUUCUAAAACGAAAGAAGGAACAUAUCAAACCUCGUUUUAUUUCGUUUGAUUUAGAGAAAAAUUAAAGAAAAGAAAAAAAAAAAAAUGAUAACAACAAUCUGAAAGUAAAGAAA